AAGAUUAGCUUUACCUGUCGGCCAUUGCUGCCUGGUGGCGCAACAGCGUGGUGAAUAUUUCUGACAUAUAUUUAACACAUUUGUGAGUAAGUAAACCACACACCUGCCAAGAUGCCGCCGAAGAAGAAAGCAGAAGGUCCAAGCAAAAAAACUGAACAGAAAAAGAAAGAAAAAGUUAUAGAGGAUAAAACCUUUGGGUUGAAGAACAAGAAAGGAGCAAAGCAGCAGAGGUUUAUUACACAAGUAGAAAAACAAGUGAAGUUUGGCAACCAGAAGUCCAGCAAGGCACAAUCUCAGUUGGAAACUGAUCGUAACAAGAAGAAAGAUGACAAAAAGAAGGAACUGGAUGAACUGAAUGCUCUAUUUAGACCUGUAGCUCAAACAGUCAAUCGAGGUGUGGACCCUAAGUCUGUGCUGUGUGCCUUUUUCAAGCAGGGACAGUGCGGAAAGGGAGACAAGUGCAAGUUCUCCCAUGACCUCAACAUCAAUCGAAAGGGAGAGAAGAGAAAUCUAUACGAAGAUGUUCGGGCUGAAGAGGACACCAUGGCUGACUGGGAUGAAGCCAAACUGGAAGAAGUUAUCAACAAAAAACACGGAAAGGAAUCCCAAAACAAAACUACUAUUAUAUGCAAGUUCUUCCUGGAGGCUGUGGAAAACAGCAAAUACGGCUGGUUCUGGACCUGUCCCAACGGUGGAGACAACUGCAUGUACCGUCAUGCUCUACCCCCAGGUUUUGUGUUAAAGAAAGACCAGAAAAAGGAGGAAAAGAAGGAGAAAAUUACGAUAGAGGAGCUCGUCGAGAAAGAGCGAGCAGCCCUGGGCCACAACACAACCAAAGUUACAUUAGAAACUUUCCUUAAAUGGAAGGAGAGGAAGAGAAGAGAAAAGGUGGCCAUCUUGGAAGCCGAUCAGGAUAAGAAGAAGACUGAUUUCAAACAGGGAAAACUGUUUGGGAUCUCAGGUCGUCAGAUGUUUGAAUUCAAUCCUGACCUUGUCCAUGAGGAUGAUGACGAUGCAGGUGAUGGGGUGUUGAUACGAGAAAAUAAUGAGGAAGAGGAGGUCCCAGUGGUAGAUUUGGACGAUGGUAAUGUCACAGCUAUGGCCAAGGAGGCUGAUGGGACCGGCACGCAGAUGACUGAACAACAGCAGAAUGCUCGCAUUCAACAAAUACAGGAAGAUGCCAAAAACACUGUGGAAGAAGAAGAGGGCAAAAAGCUUGAUAUUGCUGGCGCACUACCAGAGGAAAACGGAGGUAGUGGUGAUAAUGAGACAUCAAGUACUGAUGCUGCAAUAGCUGCUGCUGUGGCAGCAACAGUCAAUGGAGAAAUAGCAGACGUACCAAUUGAUGAAGAUUUAUUUGCUGGAGAUGAUAUAGAUGCUCUAGACGAAGAUUUGGACACCUUUAGAUUUGAGCGAUUAAAUAAGACCAAAACGUUUACCUGGACAAAUGAGAAUGUGUUACUGGUCAGUGAAGAGGAAGGAAAUAUGGACCUCAGUUUCAAUUUGAAGAUUUUUCCAAACAUUUCUGAGGCUCAUUAUUUGGAAAAAAAAUCUGAGUAGAGAUGCCUUGAUUGACAACUUGUUGACCUUAUAAGGCAUUGUUCACAACAAGCUAGUUCUUCAGACUUGUACAUAGCAUGUUGAAGAGAUUUAUGAAAUGGUUUCAAGGCAGUCUGAUCUCAACAUUUUAUAUUAUUAACAUCUUCAAAACUUUUGAGCUUGUUAAUUAUGGUAUGAUGAAUAUUUGAUAUGUUAAAAUGAAAGUUUCAGUUUGAAAGUAAUAUCAUCAGAAUGUUUGAUUUAAUGGUUUUGUAAAUACAUUUUGUAAAGAUCCUAGUUUUACAAAUACUCAGUGAUAGGAUCGUCUUACAUUCAGACUGCCAGUGAUUUAUAUGAUGUGUUUGAUUGGAAAGUUCAUUCUUCGAUUCGGCAAAUACUUUUAGCAUGUGCGCAUGAGUGCUACAGAUAAUACAUUUUCUGUGUUGAAUAAAAUGUCCAUGGAAA